GGUUUUAUUUACAUGGGGGCUCGCGGGCGUCACGUGACUGUCAGCGGCGGGGGCUGCGCGCGGAGCACCCGCGGGGCCAUGGCGGGAGCCGGCGACGACGGCUCCUGGGUGGAGCUGCGGUGUGGCCCAGGCUGCCCCGAGCCCGAGCCUUCUCCAUUCUCCUGCCACGCCGACGUGGAGCGGAUGCUGCUGGAGGCCCAGCUGGAGACAGAGAGCAGUGACGGGACCCUGCUCGUGCUGGGGUCCCCAGCCUGGGAUGACGACGGAGCCAGCCAUGGGAGUGAUCAGCCAGGGGAGAGUGAGGUGCUGCCUGCCCACAGCCAGCCCCUGCCAGGCUGCUCCCACCCCCGGCAGUGGGAUGUGCCAGAGGAAGCCAAGUGGAGGCAGCGACGCCUGACAGCGUCCCUGGGCUGGGCCUGUACCCGCUGCCCUCGGUACCUGUCUCCAAAGGAAUUUGCCUUUGUGUGCUCCCCACAGCCAGUGCUGUGGAGCCUGCAGGGAGGUGCAGUGGGGAGGAAGAAGAGACUUUUCAGUUCGGAGCUGCUGCUGCUCUUCAUCCCCUCGCUCCUGCUCAGCCACCUGCUGACCCUGGGGCUUGGGAUCUACAUUGGGAAGCGCCUGGCAGCCUCCUCGGCCAACCCUCUGUGAGGAUCUGGGCAGGCAGCAGAAUGGGAAUAUGGGGAGAGCCCGGCCCCAGCGCAGCCUGACCGCUCCCAGGCCCCUUGUUCGUGGCACGAGGCGCCUUCUCCCCGUGUCUCUCCCUCAGCCCUUGCCUCAGGAGCUGAUCCCACUCUCCCCCAUAGACCAGAACCUGCUGAUGGCAGCUCCCAGCUGCAGGCAGCCCCUGCCCUCCCCAGCCCCUGGUUACAGGUCCAGGUCCCCCUGUAACAGACUGUAAAUACAACUGAGCCCACCUGAAUAAAGAGCCCUGUGCCAGCUCAGGGGCUGA